CUGGUACACACUCUAGUAUGUUGUUUAGUUCUAUGUUUACGAAUACAUAAAAAGUACCCGAAAUAAACCGAGGGAACGAAGUACGAAGAGUGCAUUUUGUCUUUACUUUACAUUUUUAUCAGAAAAAUAUACGUUAUUUUUUAACAAAAAGAUAAUUUUAAUUGUGUUUUUCCGAAUAAUGUUAUGAGAAAAAUUACAAUGAAAAGUACAAGUGAGAAUGGUGGUUCAGUUAGAGAUAAGAGUGAAGACCGGGCAACAAAUUACAGCGACCAAGAUGAUGAUAACAAACAUGACGCCACGGAAAAGGACGCUAACAAAUCAUUUGAUACUGACAAAUCUUUUGUUGAUUCAGAAAAUGAAAAACAAAGUGAUUUAGAAGAUGAUAACGAUUCAGAUGCCGAUGAAACUACAACUGGAAAAUCCAAAUCGAAAAAAUCUCCUAAAAAACCUAAGAAAAAAGCCGGUAAUGCAGCAGUCAAUGGUAAAGCAGGAGCAAAAAAGAAGCCGAAGAAGAAAAAAGCAGCAAAAAGUAAUGCAGCCGAAGAGGAUACUGAAGAAGAGUACGAGGUUGAAAAAGUAGUUAAUAAGAAAAAAUCUGGCUCCAAAACAUAUUAUUUAAUUCGCUGGAAAGGAUAUACUGCAUCUUCAGACAGUUGGGAAGAAGAGGGUACUCUGAAUUGUGACGACCUGAUAAAAGAAUAUUUGGAAAAAGCAAAAAAAGAACCCCCACAAUCAAGAAAGCGAGGUCCUGAGGCACCAAGAAGAACACAAAGGGUUGAUUAUACUGAGGAUGAAGAGGAAGAGGAAUAUGCCGGUUAUUCGUCCUCAUCUCGUAAACGAAAACUUCCUGGUGACAAACCAGCUGCAAAAGGAAAAAAAGCAAAAAAACCUGAAACUGACGAUGAUGAGUCUGAAGAAGAAGAAUAUGAAGUUGAUAAAAUUCUUAAAGUUCAGAGUACGAAAAAAGGACGUGAAUUUUUAGUACGUUGGAAAGGAUAUCCCGAAUCACAAGCUACGUGGGAACCCGAGAAGAAUUUAAACUGUCGUGAUUUGCUUGAUGCAUUUUUGGAAAAACAAAAAGAAAAUCAAUCUCCUUCAAAGAAUAAAAAAGCCGCCGCCGCUUCACCAAAGAGCAAGAAAUCGGCUGCGAAAUCACCAAAGGGUCGUGCUGGGCGAGCAAAAGCUCGCUAAAUCAUGAUUUGACAAGUCAUCAUCGCAAUCGUGAAUUAUUCAAAUAAAAUCAUCUUACAAGAAGUAUAAUUAUAAGUGUGUACUUUUAAGAAUAAUUUAAUUUUUAAUUUUGAGAUUUUUUCGUUAAAUCAUAAUUUACUUUUCAAGUUUAG